AUGUCUUUAAUAUUUUGGCCUAUAACUGAUCAAGCAGAUGUCGAUUCAGAAGAAGAUUGGGUCUGUUGUGGAAUAAUGCAUGCCUUUUUUGGUUCGAUGCUUUUUAUGUUUGGAGAACUUACAAAAUUUCCAACAAUGCUGUUUAUAUAUAAAUAUAUUUAUGAAUUUGUGAGUUUUCUUUUUUUGAUUAUUUUUAUAAAUCAAAAAAGAUGAGGGGUGUGGGAAAGGAAAACUGAGGAAGAGAGUACCCUUCGUCAAGGUAAAAAUUGCUCAAAUCUUGAUAUUAGCCGGGUUAUUGCUUUUGGACUUUUGCAUCCUUGGGUCUGAACUCUUAAACUUUAUACUCCGAAAUUUUCAGACUUUAUUUGCGGACAAAACUUUUUUGUUUUGUCCGCAAAAAAUUUGCGGACAAUUA